CUUUAAGAGUUUACACCCUCACAAUCACUCCCAGACUUUGGCUUGUAGAUUAAUGACUCAGGACGAGAGGAUAUACUGAAAGUUGUUUUCGGAAAUUUGAAGGCAAUUUGGGAAAAAAAGCUAGGAGACAUUUCCUUCCUCGUUCCCCCUUGAAGACGGACGUGUUUGGACUCUACCGAUUUACCGCAAGAAGGUGGGCUUGCCCCAAGUUUGAAUUGACACGCGAGAUUCAAGCCGAAAGAAAGUUCGCGAGACCCGAAGACUUUAUAGCCACAGCUGGGUUACAUUUUCUAAACUAUUGAAACAGAAAGGAUGUACCGAAACUUUGGGAAUCAAGGACGAGGCAACCCGGCGUACACAGGCAACGUCUCCGGGUCGAACUCCACAUCCCUGGGUAGCACGAGCACCACACAACAGGAGCAGAAGUUUACAAUGGCUGGCAGCAGUCAGUUUGUACCCAGCCUCAAUGCCAUCACAACCAACCAGGAUCUCCAGUGGCUGGUUCAGCCCUCUCUUAUGCACUCACCUGGUCCUUCAAGAUCUCCAGCACCGCCUUACCCAACCCUCUCAGGGGCUCGCCCGCUUGGGCCACCACCCUCACACUCACAUUUCCUCAGACCGGGGGUCAUAAGAUCUGCUGCAAACAUCGCUGGUUCAACAAGGCGCAGAAAUGACGACCAUUUGUCCCGUGAAGAGAUGGAGAGACGUAGAGUAAGGAGGGAGCGGAAUAAACUGGCUGCAGCAAAAUGUCGAAAUCGCCGUCGGGAGCUUACAGACACACUGCAAAAUGAGACUGACCAGCUGGAGGAUGAAAAGUCCCGUUUAAAGAAGGAAAUCGCUGAUCUACAAAAGGAAAAAGACAAGCUCGAGCUGGUGUUGGAGGCUCACCGUCCCAUUUGUAAAAUCGAGGACUCUGAUUCAGAUUCUGACCCUCAUCCAUCUAUUUCCUCUUUUGGAGGCAUCAAGAUGGAGCCCGAGGACUCCAGUAGACCUGGACCCUCAACUAAAAUGUCAACAAAGAUGGAGAAGCCCAAACCGAAGAUAACCAUACCCAGCAGGCCGUUAGCAUCGUCUUCCUCUCAUGCUGUCACUGAAUCUGAGUCGCUCCACACCCCAGUCCUCACAUCCACUCCUUCUCUCACCCCCUUCACCGCCAGCAUGGUUUUCACUUAUCCCUCCGCCCCCCUGGACACCAACGCCUCCAUCUCCUCCCACGGUGCAUCCCAUCAGGGAAAUGUCCCUCAGUCUCGCGCUCCAGAGCCCUGUGGGAUUGCUCACCGCCGCAGCAGCAGUAGCGGGGACCAAUCAGAUCACUCCCUGCAUUCCCCGACCAUCCUCACCCUGUGAUUGACGACACCAUUCACACUGAAAUUACACUAAUGUUCAUUUUGAUGUAUUCAAAGUGUGUAGGAAAAAGAAUCUCUGGGAAAUAUGUCGGAAAAGAAAAUGAUGAUAGGCAUUUCAAAAUGAGCUGUGUGCAUCUACUUCAUUUCAUCUUUUCAGAAAGUUAAUUGUGUAUGCAGAUGAGAUGCAAACUAUAGUGGCAUUAUCAAGAUAAGAAUAUAACACUCUUUGCUGUGUCAUAAACUCUUUAUAUUUCUAAUUUCAAAAGCUAUGUGUUUGAAUAAUUAUGUUCAAGGUUUACUUUAAGCAUUGCAUGCAGAGAAUAUAACCUAUAAUGAACUAUAAAAGCUAACUUUAUUAUAUCUAACUUUAUUAAUAUAUGGAAAAUAAUAAUUUAGUAUAAUGUUGCAAUAAACAACAUGUUACAUAGUUACGUCAUGGUAAGAAACACUUUAUAAACGUUCGCACUAAAGGGAAACUUAGAAUUAAAUGGUCUUUAUUUUUUUAUGGAAUUUUAAAGAAUCAUAAAAAUGUCUAUGAAAACUAUUGACCACUAAGGCUGGACCAUAGGAGUUAAUGACAUGAUCAUGUAUUUAUUUUUGAGAAUUUAAUAUAUUUUUGGUAAUGUUUUCAGACAAGUGAACUUGUUGUAGCAGCAGUGCCUUACUUUACCAUUUCACAGAGCUGUACUACUUUACAGAAAAUAAAGAAAAUGGUUCAUUGCUGUGUUCAAAA